GAUUGUCACGUGACUUGUUCCAGCUGAUUCAUAAACAGAAUUAUGUGUUAUCAAAUUUCUUUCAGUAUCAAAUGCAAGUGACAUACAUUUUCAUCCAAUACUAUUGAAAUUGGAGUAUACUACUGCAAGAAUAUGGUCUAAUAACAUGGAUACUGAUGAACAAAUUCCAAAAUUAUUGGGCUCUACAUAAUCUAUUAUGUCUUUAGGGCUGAUGUCCGCUAUCGAUACGUCACCAAAAACCCAAAAACCGAAUGAAGCAGACAAACUCCUCAAACAACUACUUGAAUGUGUUCAAGAAUGUCAAAAAAGAUUUGGGGAAAAAACUGAGCUUGCUACUGAGUUUGAUAGUUGUGUAGCAGCAAUUUGUGUUUGCCUAGAAUCUGUAUUUUUACACGGAUUGAGAAGUAAACCUCUCAGUACAUCAGAUCAGAACUCUUCAUUGCGGCAGGUAUCUGACAUACUUGUGCAUACUCUAAAUAUUGGAAACGAGGGUUCAUGGAAUCCAAAGGACAAAGUCAAGAAUUCGGAAAAGUCUAGAAUUUACGAAAUUAAAUAUUAGCGCUGUGAUUCAAUGGACAGACUAAAAUAUCUAUUAAAAUAAGAUAUAAAAAAACAGCGCACCCAAAAUAUGGAAGAUCAGAAAAAUCAGCAGU